AUGCAAGCCCAGCAGGAGGAGGAGACGUCCCGGCGGUUCCACCACUCGGCCAGUCGCCAGAAAUCAAAAGGCAACGCGAUAAAUCAAUCAUCAGUACCCCAAUUCCCACAACAACAUCAAAACCCUCAGAAGAAAAAUUCGCAACAGCAACAACAAUUUUCCCAACAACACCAAUACUCCCAACCCCAACAACAAUCCUCUCAGUUUUCCCAGCAACAACAACACCCACAGCAACAGCAAUUUCCCCAACAAAACCAAUACUCCCAACCUCAACAACAAUCCUCUCAGUUUUCCCAACAACAACAACACCCACAGCAACCAAAUCAAUUCCCUCCCCCUCAACUCCCCCAAUCAGUCCCAAUCGCGAAUAACAACAAUAGAAGAAACAAUAACCAAGACAAUAACAGAUUCAAUAUGCAUUCAUUUAAUCAGGUAAUAGACGAAAUACAGUUUUCAAACACAUCCACACUAAAACGACCAGCUGAUGCGUUGAAUAGCACACAACAGGGACAGCAACCUUCCCAAACAAACAACAACGACUUUCAAAUUAAAAUUUUCUUAUUUGAAAUUGGGGGUAAUGUAACCUUUACAUACUGCGCUUCAGAUCGAGGUGUUAGGAGAAUCGAUCUGAUAUCGUCUUGCCCGCCACUCGGCCUGACCCUGUGGGAAAAUUUAUCCUUGCCACACCCUGCCCUUUUCGAAACGGUCAUCACUAAUACUUGCCGAUCUACGAUCUGCUACGUGGACCAAUCACAACUGGACAACGCAUCGAUCCCCUUUUCCGAUCCGAGACAAAAGGGCUCGAGGCACGAUCGAUACGAAGGUCAAGAUCAAUUGUACUUCAACCGUGCGCGAGUACAAACCGUCGAGCAAGGCCACCGUCAGCCAAGCCUAGUGCGUUUAGAAAAGUGCGUAGUUAGAAAAUCUCGAUCGACCCAAAGUUGUAAAGAUCCUCCGAUCGACCACCAAGUGAUCAGGUGUCCCAAUAGGCGCCCACGGGCGUUGCAUGAGCCUGUUUGUUGGCCAUUUAACCAUCUACCAGCACACUUGAUCGUGUACAAUUGUACAAAACACGAGGCAGUAGUAGACUGCGGAAGAGAAAACCUUCAGGGAGAAGGUUUUUCUCUUUGGUUUCUUCUCAGCAAACCACGCGGCGAUCUUCGCCGGCCCGAACUCCGGACAGCAUCUACCGGAGCGCGCGAUCAUCCGUAGCGUCGGACAGCACC